AUGAACCAAUGGACACGUCAUACUGGACGAAAUCUUGGGUUCGUUGUUAUCAGCUUAUGGUCGAAAAUUGGAGAUCCUGGAAAAUCCUUGAAGAACUCAACAAAACUUACAGGGUCCAAGAAAUACAAUUGGCCAUUUCGAUUGAAAGAAAUGAAAUUGCAAACCAAUGAUGAUUGGAUGAUCAGGGUUGUUAAUGGAAUUCAUAAUCAUCUAGCAACAAUAUACAUGGAAGGACAUUCGUUUGCUGGUAGACUCUCAACUGAGGAAAACAAUAUCAUGAUUGAUAUGUCAACGAAUUUGGUGAAAGCACGCACCAUAUUGUCUACACUAAAGAGCAAAGAUCCAGAGAAUGUCUCUACUAUAAAAACAAUCUACAAUGCUCGCCAAAAGUAUCGAGUUGCAGAAAAGGCAGGUAAGUCUCAAAUGCAACAACUUCUCUAUAACUUGAGUGAGCACGAGUACAUAUAUUUCUAUCGGGCUAAUGAUGAGACUAACGAGCUCCUAGAUUUAUUUUUUGCUUAUCCACGCUCAUUAGACAUAUUAAUUGCCCUUCCAUUUGUUGUGUUUAUGAAUUCCACUUAUAAGACAAACAGGUUUCAUAUGCCACUUUUUGAGAUUGUUGGCGUAACAUCAACCAAUAAGACACUUUCUAUAGCAUUUGUCUUGCUCCAAUCAGAGAAGGAAGAUAAUUACACUUGGGCGAUGAGUUGUUUAUGCUCCAUGCUGUGGAAUUAG